UUCAAGCAAUCAGAUCAUUUUCUUUAUCACACUUCACAAGUAAACUUUUCCUCUCUCACCGCCAUUAAAUCAAACUAAUCAAAAUACUUGAAAGAUUUCACCUUCUUUUAGCUCCUCAUAUCAUGCUUUAAAGGGCCAUGGAUGGUUUAAAGAAGCUUGGAGCCGUACUCACUAUAGUGUUUUUAGUCUCUCUUCUGGCUUUAUUGGCCGAGCUUUUUUAUGUUUUGUGGCGGAAGCAAGCUUUCCGCCGACGGAGCAGCCCGGAAAUUCCUCCGGGAGACCCGUUUUACAAUCUCACGUCAUCGAAGGAGCAGCUGCUGUACUUCUUCUGCUUGAAGAACCAGUCCCGGAUCGAACCCGCAGGGAACCCAACCGCUCCGGAGGCGCAGGAGGCUGAGGCAGUGGUGGUGGCUGUUGACGAUGAUGACGUGGUGAAGUGGCAGCUGGGGAUGUACGGACCGUCGAGGGGUUUGUUCACUAUUAGAGAAGAAGAGAGAGAAGGAACCGAGACGUCCGAGGCUGAGAAUGAUCAGAGUGUGAAGAGCAAAACGGUGCGUUUUGAGGGUGAGAGUGAUUGUGGGGUUGUAAAAAUUGAAGAUAUCGUUAAUGGUGAAGAAACCACGCCGUUUUCGACGCCGUGUGCUUCGCCUCCGUACUACACACCUUCGCCGUCUCCCACUCACGAUAAGUACUCGCCGGGAAACGACGAGUCAUUUGUUAGUGUAGCAGUUUGUAGUAGCGAGUAGAAAGUAGAAUUAUCUUAGCUGGCUGUCCAAAAAAUUGUCACUAGAUACGCGGGGAUUUUCUUUUCCAAAUUUCAAUUGCUCUUGUUUUUGGAAAGAAUCAAAGAAAAUCCGCACUGAACUGUUAAUGACAAUCAUGAAGAAAUUAGAAAUCCAUUAGAGUUUUUAUAAAAUUGAACAUAUUUAUAAUUAAAUUCUAGUUUG